UUUAUCUUUACAGUUAAAAAAAGUGGUUUUGUGCUCGAGUGCGAACGUAGUUUUGUGGUCUUACUUCGAUAAGUGACAUGUGUGGUUGAAUGACCGGUAUCGGCAACUGUGUGUUUGCGUCCCACGAGAUAGAAAAAAAACAGUAAUCGGCGACGAAAUCAGUGUUGGGUGGCUUCGAAGGCGAUAAGAGCGGGGUCGAAGCAUGAGGUACUUCAAGAGCUUUUUCAAGCACACUUGGCACCCGCAACAGAUGGACAUCACGGGAAGGUACAACACGCCGGUGCGGUGCGACGCCAGGAUCGAGGAGACGGAGCUGGGCGAGCUGGGUGGUAAUCCCGGGGCAGUGCCGGCGAACCACCAGCACCGGGUCAACUUGGCGUGCCACGACGGCGCCUGCAAGAGCCGGGCCCAGCGGCACCAGCCGGUCCACCGGCUCGAGAGUCCCUGGCACCACCUCAAGACCGUCUUUCUCGUCUCCAUCAUCAUAUCCUUCAUCGUAUGGAUCGUCGCUUACGUUCUACUCGUGCAGUACGGUGUCGUGUGAUUUUUUUUUUUUUUUUUUUUUUUUUUUUU